AGCCGGGGCCGGCUACCUGGGCACGCCCGGCCGGGCAGCUGAGGGCCCGGCGCCGCCUGGCGGCGCUGAGGGGUCGCCGAGAGGAGCUCCGCGGCGUCUGUUGGAGCCGUUCCCUCGUUGGGCCGCCGGCGAGGGCAUGAGCGCGGACUCCCUCUGCCUCCAGAGCGGCGGGAGCGGCGAGGGGAGGAGGCGCCGCUUGGAGGCCACCGUCCAGGGCAGCGCCGGGGGAGAGCAGGGCGGGAGAUGUGCCUGUCCUUAGCGGCCCAGGAAGCAGCAUGCACCCCGAGGCCACCGACAGCAGCGGCGCCGGCCUCACGGAAGCCCCGGGCGAGCGGCGGCCGGAUUCCCGGGAGGACGCGGCAGCCCCCGGGGGCCCUGGCGGCGGGAGCUGGCGGGCGCCGGUGGCCGUGGCCGCCCUCGCCGCCGUGCCCCUCUGCUUCCUGGGGCCCGGCUGCUGGGAAGCGGGAAGCGCGGGGCCGGGCACUGUCCUGCUCAGGCUCAGCCUGUACCUGGGCUGCGCUGCGGCCGCCUUCCUGCUGGGGACCUUGUUCUCCCUGGUCUGCCGGAGCCCGCGAGCUCCGCCGCCCGACUUCGCCGCCGCCUGGAGACGGCUGGCCGCGGCCGCCCGCCGCCCGCCGGAGAGUCCUGUGUGUGGAAACUCACACGAGUCAGUUCAGUCUAGAAGGGUAGUCAUUUCUCAUAACAUGGACAAGGCUCUGAAAGAAGUUUUUGACUACAGUUACAGAGACUACAUCCUGUCCUGGUAUGGAAGCCUCAGCAGAGACGAGGGGCAGCUCUACCACCUGCUUUCUGAGGACUUCUGGGAAGUUGUCAGACGGCUGCGCCACAGGCUGAGCCGCGUGGACAUGGUCAGAGUUGUCUGCAGUGAUGUCGUGAGAGCUUUACUCGCUCACUUCUGUGACCUGAAGGCGGCAGACGCCAGACAUGAAGAACAGCCGAGGCCCUUUGUGUUGCAUGCAUUCUUGAGGAACUCAGAUGAUGAAGUAAGAUUUCUACAAACGUGUUCUCGGGUUCUGGUGUUUUGUCUCCUUCCCUCAAAGGAUGUCCAGUCUCUCAGCUUACGCAUAAUGCUUGCAGAAAUUCUCACAGCAAAAGUCUUAAAGCCAGUAGUGGAGUUACUUAGUAAUCCAGAUUACAUUAACCAGAUGUUGCUUGCCCAGUUGGAGCACAGAGAACAGGUGAAUGAACAUCACAAGAGAGCCUACACCUAUGCUCCCUCCUAUGAAGAGUUCAUCAAGCUUAUUAACAGCAACUCUGAUGUUGAGUUCUUGAAGCAACUAAGGUAUCAAAUUGUAGUGGAAAUAAUCCAAGCAACUACAAUUAGCAGCUUCCCCCAGCUGAAGAGGCACAAGGGUAAAGAGACUGCUGCCAUGAAGGCUGAUCUCCUGAGGGCCAGGAACAUGAAAAGGUACAUUAACCAACUGACUGUGGCAAAGAAGCAGUGUGAGAAGAGGAUCAGAAUCCUGGGAGGCCCUGCCUACGACCAGCAAGAGGAUGGGCCCUUGGAUGAGGGGGAAGGACCUCAAAGCCAGAAGAUUCUUCAGUUCGAAGAUAUCUUGGCCAAUGCUUCCUACCGAGAGCACUUUCGAACAUACAUGGAAAGGAUGGACAGGAGAGCUCUGAUUAGCUUUUGGGAGUCUGUGGAAUAUUUAAAGAAUGCUCACAAGAACGAAAUUCCACAAUUAGUUGGUGAAAUUUACCAGAAUUUCUUCGUGGAGAGCAAAGAAAUAUCUGUGGAAAAAUCACUUUACAAAGAAAUCCAGCAGUGUCUUGUAGGAAAUAAAGGAAUCGAAGUGUUCUGCAAAAUCCAGGGAGACGUUUAUGAGAUGCUGAAGGAUAGGUAUUACCCUUCGUUUAUUGUCAGUGAUCUGUAUGAGAAAUUGAUGAUAAAAGAGGAAGAAAAGCAUGUCUCCCAGUUGAUUUCCAACAAGGAUGAAAUGGACCCGGGAGGUGAGGCUGGUGAGGAAUCUGUGGAUGACGGCACCAGUCGGAUUAAUGAACAAACCAGUUUUGCUGUAAACAAACUACGAGAACUAAAUGAGAAACUUGACUAUAAGAGGCAAGCUCUAAAUUCUAUUCAAAAUGCACCAAAACCUGACAAGAAGAUUGUUUCUAAGUUGAAGGAGGAAAUAAUUCUAAUAGAGAAAGAACGCACAGAACUUCAGCUGCACAUGGCAAGAACAGAUUGGUGGUGUGAGAACCUCGGUAUGUGGAAAGCCUCCAUCACCAGUGGAGAGUUUAGGCAGCAACACCACGCAUGUUCUCCAGGAGCCAGCCUGACAGCACACGUGUUGCGUGAGAGCUUACCAAGUGCCCUUAGUGUGUCUUUGGUGCUUGUUGAGCCUCCCUUUCAGGUUACAGAAGAGAAUGGUGAACAAAUGCCCUGUUACUUUGUCAUGGUAAGCUUACAAGAAGUUGGAGGAGUUGAAACUAAGAACUGGACAGUCCCCAGAAGGCUCAGUGAGUUUCAGAAUUUACACCGGAAACUUAGUGAGUGUUUCCCUUCUUUAAAAAAAGUCCAGUUGCCUUCUCUUAGCAAGCUGCCUUUCAAAUCUGUAGAUCAAAAGUUUAUGGAAAAGUCAAAGAAUCAAUUAAAUAAGUUUUUACAGAAUCUGCUUUCAGAUGAAAGACUGUGUCAGAGUGAAGCACUUUAUGCCUUUUUGAGCCCUUCUCCUGACUACCUCAAGGUUAUUGACGUGCAGGGGAAAAAGUCCACAUUUUCAUUAUCCUCAUUUCUGGAAAGACUCCCUCGCGACUUCUUCUCCCAUCAGGAGGAGGAGGCAGAGGAGGACAGUGACCUGUCAGAUAGUGGUGAUGACGUGGAUGGAAGGAAAGACUCUUUGGCUGAACCAUGUUUCAUGCUGAUUGGGGAGAUUUUUGAACUUCGAGGAAUGUUUAAAUGGGUGAGAAGAACAUUAAUUGCUCUCGUUCAGGUCACUUUCGGAAGAACCAUCAACAAACAACUCCGGGACGCAGUGGACUGGGCUCUCAGCGAGCAAAUGGUGGUCUACUACAUCGGCGCUCUCCGGGAUGCUUUGUGGCCCGGUGGGAAUUUGGCACCUCCGAACACAAUCCCAAGUGAAGAGCAAAGCCAGGAAACAAAGCGGAGAGCACAGCAGAAGCUGCUUGAAAACAUUCCAGAUACGCUUCAGAGCCUUGUUGGACAGCAAAAUGCCCGUCAUGGUAUAAUAAAAAUAUUCAACGCACUGCAAGAAACGAGAGCCAAUAAGCAUCUGUUAUAUGUGCUGAUGGAACUGCUGCUAAUUGAAUUGUGUCCUGAGCUGAGAACUCAUUUAGAUGAACUUAAAGCUUGUCAGGUUUGAGACUCCCAAAUAAACCACCAGAGAAAUGUCUGUAAUAAUAGACAUGAAACAUUUUCCUCUUUUCCACAGAGGGCUUGACUGAGAACCAUACCGAUCUUUUAGUUACCUCCCUCUAGUUUUAUGUGAAUGAAGCAGAAUUGGGGGGAAAACUUGAUGCUGUAUAUUAGGCAACAGAAAAAACCACUUGUUAAUUAUUUUUAUUUUAAUAUAAAUCCUUUAAAGGUCAACAUACUGAUUGAAAUAUGUGUUAAUACGUGAUAAGAACCUAGGAAAUAUUUUAAAUAUUUAUUAAGUUUUGUUUUAAAAAAGUUUGUUUUAAAUGAAUUAUGAACGUUGUACAGUUAAUUUCCUCACUGAGGAUUCUGAACAUUCCUAUAUUCGUAUGUGUUGAAUAUUGUUGUGCAAUGCUUUGUGUGAAGUUGUUGUGAAAAUUUUAUUGUCUUUAUUUUUACCAAAGACUUCCCAUAGUUUGAAGCAUCUGAAGCAAUAAAAUAUAAAAAUGAAU